AUGGAAGACACUGGAAGGAUCGUGACCGAGUUUCCUUCUAGCUCUACCAUUAUUCGACCCCAGCCGGACAGCCAUGGCCAAGUAGUAAAGCUUUCUGCUAUUGACCAGAUUGCCCCUAGAGACUACAUGUCUAUAUGUCUUUUCUUUCGACAAGCCCCAGAUGCCGACAAGGAUCAAAUUCUCAGCACUUUGAGGAAAGCAAUAUUAAAGGCUGUUCUCGAUAUACCCGAGCUUGCGUGCUGUGUACAGAAACGGGCCGACAACAGCCGUGAAGAGGUAGAGCUUGUUUUUGACUCCACCAAGGGUGUUGAGAUUCAUCACAAAGACUACACUACUUCUGAACUUUGUGGUCUGUGGAAAUAUGGCACUUUUGAUCAACUUGAGCAACAACAUUUCCCCCUCAACAAGUUGCCGAGGCGCCUCGUUUUUGGAGCUUCUAAUGAGCUCCAAGACGAUACGAGACUUCCAUCCCUCAUUGUACAGGCCAACUUCAUACCAGGAGGGCUUAUCAUUGGAAGUCGACUGCAUCAUGUGGCCGGCGAUGGUAAAUGCAACUUCAUGCUCUGGUCUGCCAUAAGCGCGCACUUUGCUGCCGAAGACGAUGAGUCAACCAGCAAUCAUGAUUCGCCAGUUCAAUUACUAGGGAGAGAGGGUAUCGUUAAGGGCGAACUUAACGUAACCCUGGAAGAAUUUCCCAACUGGAAGCUUGCAAAUGACACUACCCAGUUUCUCACCCCUACGGUAUACCAGGACGACGAGGUAUUUGAAUAUGCCACAUAUUUUCUUCCAUCUGACAAGCUUCUGCUGCUUAAGUCUCGUAUUUUGAGUACUAUGGCCCCCAAUACGAAAAUGGGAACAACAGAAGCUCUGUGUGCGUUUAUCUGGCGCCAUAUAGUUAUAGCCAGGAACGUUGACCAUGAGAAAUACCCUGAAGCAAGGUUAGCUAUCACGGUUGACGCGAGAAACCGUGUGAGGAACCCUGGUGUCCCAUCUACUUACUGGGGUAACUUUGCGGAGCCGAAUGCGGUGGCCCAGCUACCUGUAGCCCGCCUGAAAGAGAACUCAUCUUUGUCAGCCUCGUCAGGAAGCUCCGCAUGUACUAUCUAUGCUGAGGCGGCGCGCCAGAUCCGAGGAGCGAUCGCUGCGGUAGAUGACAAGGCAGUGAGACGCCUUGUUGGUCUUCUCAACCAAAUGCCCAAAAGCACAACCUUGACUUGGAAUGCUGACCGCUAUCCUGGUCCAGACAUGCUCAUAGUUUGCCUUCAAGACCACAAGUAUAACGAUCUCUACUUUGGUAGAGUUCUGGGCUAUUCUGCGGCGUUGCGAGUCACCAUUGGUGAUACAGAAGGAAAGCCGGAUGGUCGUUGUCUAGUUCUACCGCCACGUCGCGUUGAUGAUAGAGGGCUGGAAAUUUCUCUACAGUAUGACAAGAGGACAAUUAAAAGUCUCAAGGAUAACGCUGAGUUUUCUGAAUAUUUUUCACAGAGAAAUUAA